AUGAGCUACUGCAUGGAGGGUGCAGGGAGGAGCCAUGCGGUUCUGUCGCGGUGGGGUCCUCCGGCUGAAUUUCAGGCCCUGGGCCCAGUGUGGGGCGAGGAGGGUGCAGCUGAUGCCAACAGCUUCCGCCUCGGGACAGGGGUUUCCGGAGAGGACCCAGACCCUGUGAUGGUAACUGGGACCCUAGGGGGGUCUGUCACUCUGCCCCUGCAGCUACAGGCUGGAGAGCCGGUGGAGAGCAUCUCUUGGAUAUCCCGUUCCAUCUCCAUGGCCAUAGCCAUUGUAACCUUGGCAGAAGCAGGGGGGCCAGACACCUUUUAUGAGGCGGAGACCCGGUACCGGGGUCGUGUGAGUGUGGUGGGCCCAGGCCACUCCCUGCAGAUCAGCAACCUGAGCUGGAAGGAUGCGGGGCCCUACCGAGCCCACACGAACCUGAGGAGCUCCCGCAUCACCCGCACCCGGGAGUACCAACUGCAAGUCUAUGAGCAGCUGGCCCGGCCCGGUGUCACACUGAGCUCCAGGAUCGGUGAGAGUGGACACUGUAUCUUCAUCCUGACGUGUGAGGCCGAAAGCAGAGGAGGCUCUGUGACCUACAGCUGGCUACCUCUGGGACCCAGACUGUUGGUGUCCCGUGGAGGAUCUGUCCUCAGUGUCUCCUCAAGGCUCGGGGACAGGGCUCUGACCUUCACCUGCGUGGUCAAGAACCCAGUCAGUAACAGCGGCUCCCUCCCUGUCUCAGUGCCGUCCUCAUGUCCAGGGCCAGGAAUCCUGGAAGGGGACACGGUGGGGGAGACAGUGACCGGUCUCCUCGGGGACUUGGCCAUUCUGCCCCUGGAGGUCCCGGCCGGGCAGGAGGUGGAAAAGGUCACCUGGAGCUCUGGAGAGCUUGUUGCCAUUAUGCAAGUGGGGCCAGGAGGCGAACCGGUCCUGGCUGCCGGGACUCAGGCACCAUACAGCAGACGGUGGAGUGCCCUCUACUGCGGCUACUCUCUUCAGAUCAGGCCCCUGAGGCUGCAGGACCCUGGCCUCUACAGAGCCUGGAUCACCCUGCAUAGUCCCUCGAUCAACAUCACCAAGGAUUUCACCCUGCAUGUCUACGAGCUCGAACUUUCCUUUCUUGCACAUUAGCUGCAGGAGCCCAAUAUCACUGUCAGCUCCCGGAUCACGAGGGAUGGGGCCUGUUACAUCACCCUGAUCUGCUCCCUGCGACAGGCCGGAGAGGAUGUUCAGUACAGAUGGGCACCCCUCGGCCAGGGGGCAGUUACGUCCCAUGGGGGAACCACUCUUCGUCUCUCCUGGAGACCCGGGGUCAGCGACAGCUAUCCCUGCACGGCCAGCAACCCGGUCAGCCAGAGCUUCAACUCCAUACCCACCAGGCCCCUCUGCUCAGGUAACCCCUUCCUUGUGUGGGCCCCCUCCCUGGCAGCCUUGGUCCAGGAGCUCAGCAUCCCCACCUGCCGCCCUCCUGGUUCUAGGGGUGGUGGAAGAAAAGGAGGGCAGGAUCGUCUGCAGCAGGGCUGUCUCUGGGGGGCAGGAAAUGAGGGCUCUGGGGCCAUCCUCCCAGGGCCGUGCUGUCCAGCUUCCGACGGUCAGCCCCAGACUCGGUGCCCGGGCGCUCGGCUUACUCUUGGGACUCCCCGAGGGAAAGUGCGUCCCUCAGCCCACACAGUCCUGCAGAGCCCACUGAGGAGGCAUCCCAGACGUCCUUGGCCAUGUCCUCAGUGAAGCCUGGAGCUGCCGUGAGACAGAAAUCCCAGGCUGUGCCCCUCCGGUGUCAUGGGCGGCCUCUCCUGGGUUCCAUAGGCCGUGGCAGGACACUGCCUCGGUCCAGACUCACUAUGUCCCUUUCCUCUUCUCGGCCAGCUUCUGAACAUCUCUCCACUCCCUGUCUCUGGUUCCUUACCAACCACUUGCUCUUUGACCCUUUGUGUCUGCCCUGUCCCCAGCCGCAUCCUCACUGCUAAGUCCAGGGGCCACUCCUCACUUGAGUUGUUCUUAGGCCGCUCUCCUCAGGGUCCUGGGCUGCUGGGUCCCAGGGGGUCUUCUUUUGUAUCACAGUCCUUAAGGGUCACACCCAGGCCUUCUGUUGCCCGGGGCAGAAAGCUGGCUGUCAUUCAGAACCCUGGUUUUCCACUGCUACUUGCCCAGGUGCUCACACCUCCCAGUUAUCGCACUCUCUUCCUUCGGGAUCAUCCUGCUGAUCACGCUGCUAGGGGG